AACGAUUUAUAAUUAUUUAGAAAAUAGCGACGAUUGUCAAUUCUCAUUACACGAGUUAAUAAAUCAAAUCGAAGGUUAUGUACCGCAUGAAACUAUAAAAUAUAAAUUGAAAGAAAAAUAUGGAGAUGACAUAAUUAUAACAGUGAACCGUAAACAAACUCCCACUGUCUGCUUCCGAAAUAUUGGACAUGCUAUUUUAAGUGACAAUUGGUAUGAUUCACGAAAAGUCGGUGAAGUUGAAGAAAAACUCAGAAUUGUUAAAAAAGCAGCUGAAAUCAUAAAAUCUGACAUCGUUGAUUGUAUUUAUGAGAACAAAUCUUAUCCUCAGAGCACCGAAUUUUUUAGUAACAUUGAAGACAACGUUCCUGAUUCCCUAAUGUUUUUUUUGGAAAAAGUCAUCAUGGAUAAACUAAAAUCUAAUUCGCAGUUACUAAAAAAAAAAUGUGUUACAAUAGAACAUUCUAUAAUAUCUGCAGUGUAUAGCAGGAAUCAUUGGAAAGCUGUUUAAAGAUAUCAAACUAAAACGGUCUAACACAGUUUUAUCUCUUGCAACAGUCAAUGCUGCAGUAAAAGUUCAUGAUAAAUUGGUUAAUCCUUUGAUACUUUUCCAAAGAAUGUUAAUAGCCAAAAAACACGAUGAUGAUCUCGCGGAAUUUUUCAAAUAUGAACUUGCUCCGUACCCACUUUCAAUGUUCAAUGAUACAACCGGAAUGAGGAAGACUAAAAAGUCUGCUGUUUAUGACAUGUUUCAUCCCAUUGAUCUUGAAGAAAAUUUGCCGAGCUCCAAUGACAUUUAUGUGAUUGAUGGUGGAUUUUUAUUGCAUCGGGUAAUAUGGCAGACAAAUCAAACAUAUGGACAAAUAUGUGCUACGUACGUAAACUAUGUAGAAAACAAAAUUGGGAAAAAUGCCGUAAUCGUAUUUGAUGGCUACAAAAAUGACUCGAGUAUCAAAAAAGCUGAGCAGCAUCGACGAUACCUGCAUAGCCAAUGUGUAGAAAUUAUUUUCGAUGAAAGUAUGACGUGUACUGUCAAUCAAAAUAAAUUUUUGUCAAACGAUAAAAAUAAAAUCAGAUUAAUUUCAUUGUUAACGAAAUUUCUCCAAAAUAAAAAAUUCGUGGUAAAACAAGCGAUAGAUGAUGCGGAUACACUUAUUGUUAAAACCGCAAUAGAAAUGUCGAAUAAUGGUCGAACAUUUGUAGUCGGCGAGGACGUUGAUCUACUUGUUUUUUUGAUCGCAUUAUCACCAGAAAAUAAAGAUAUAUUUCUCAUGAAACCAGGCACAGGCAAAAUCAACAGGACAAUUUUUUCAUCGUCAGAAAUCGAAAAAUCGUACCAGCAUAUAAAAGAUACAAUCUUACUGGUCCAUGCCUUCAGUGGUUGUGAUACAACGUCUAGUAUAUUUCAGAAGGGAAAAUUACAAAUUUUCAAACUCCUGCAAAAAGAAUUUCGAUUGGCUAACGUCGUGAAAACUUUCAAUGACGAAAAUUCAACCCAAUCAGAAGUAAGAGAUGCUGGUGAAACUGUUUUUUUGAUGGUAUACGGUGCAAAGAAAUUUCGAAAUCUUUCGCUUGAUUCAUACAGAUUUGACCAAUUUAAAAAUUCGCUGCAAAAACAAAAAUCAAGGCUUGAAUUAUUACCACCAACAUCAGAGGCAGCUGCACAACAUUCAUCACGAGUUUUCUACCAAAUUCAGUUAUGGCUUGGCAAUAACAAAAUUCCGGAACAGUGGGGAUGGAAGAAAAUCAACGGUUCGUUGCAACCUAUUACAACACUCCUUCAGCCAGCACCAGAAUCGAUACUACAACUUAUCUCCUGCAACUGUACAUCUGAUUGUUCUUCGAGAUGUGGGUGCAGAAAAGCAGGGUUAAAAUGCUCGGAAAUUUGUAGACAUUGUCAAGGAAUGCAGUGCCUCAAUGCAUACAUGGAGCCAAUUUGCGAAAAUCUUGACGACUCCGAUACAGAUUCAGUACACGAGCAUGCGGGCAAAGAAUUAGAAGAUAUCUUUUACGAGGCAGAUGCUACCGACUCCGAUUUUUUUUAGGUAUAAAAGAUAUGCAUGCAAUAUAAUAUAAUAUUUCAAUCUACUUAAAAAUCGUCACUUAUGUGUAUCGUCAAUUAAUGUGUAUUUUUUUACAGAAUAUUCACACCUAGAAUAUCACACCUCGUGAAGCAGUUCUAUUAAGAAAAUAAAUGUACAAUUGGAUGAAAAUGUUUAUCACAAUCGAAUAAAGUAUCAAAAGUAAUCGAAACAGACCUCGAAACGACCUCGAAAACCUCAGAAUACCUAUAAAAGAUACCAAACGUCGAAGGAGAGGUCAGAAAUCUCUUCGUCUCUUUGGAGAUAAGUUCUUCUUUUUGGCAGCGAUUCACAGCAACGUGCAACGAUACCUAUAAAAGUACGUAAUUUCGAGGCAAGGUACUAAACGUCGAAGGAGAGGUCAGCAAAAAUUUCUUUGUCUCUUUGGAGAUAGGCCCUUCUUUUUGGCAGUGAUUCACAGCAACGUGUAACGUUGAAUUGCAUCACAGACAUCAGCAGAAAUGUGGGUCUACCUUAUCCUUUUAGCCAUCAUUUUGACUAUAUUUCACGCAUUAUAUCAAAAGAAUUACUUCAGAAUCGUCAGGUUUAUUUUCAGUCUUAAUGGGCCAAAAAUGGUGCCCAUUCUUGGCAAUGCAAAUCUCUUUAUUGAAGGAAAUCGUAAGUUAUAUAAUAAUUGCAAUUGUUAUAAAUAUUGUUAAUUAAUUAUCAUAUUCAUGGCAAAAAUAGUAUAUUUAUUAAAUUUUUAUUGAAGUGUUUAUGAGAUAAUCAUUUAAACAUAGAAUUGUUUCAAAUAUGAAACUGACUGAUAUAGGAAUUAUAUUUCUUAUUUAUUUCUUAUUAGUUGAAUUGCAUCACACACAUCAGCAGAAAUGUGGGUCUACCUUAUCCUUUUAGCCAUCAUUUUAACUAUAUUUCACGCAUUAUAUCAAAAGAAUUACUUCAGAAUCAUCAGGUUUAUUUUCAGUCUUAAUGGGCCAAAAAUGGUGCCCAUUCUUGGCAAUGCAAACCUCUUUAUUGAAGGAAAUCGUAAGUUAUAUAAUAAUUGCAAUUUUUAUAAAUAUUGUUAAUUAAUUCUCAUAUUCAUGGCAAAAAUAGUAUAUUUAUUAAAUAUUUAUUGAAGUGUUUAUGAGAUUAUCAUUUAAACAUACAAUUGUUUCAUAUAUGAAACUGACUGAUGUAGAAAUUAUAUUUCUUAUUUAUUUCUUAUUAGUUGAAUUGCAUCACACACAUCAGCAGAAAUGUGGGUCUACCUUAUCCUUUUAGCCAUCAUUUUGGCUAUAUUUCACGCAUUACAUCAAAAGAAUUACUUCCGAAUCAUCAGGUUUAUUUUCACUCUUCAUGGGCCAAAAAUGGUGCCCAUUCUUGGCAAUGCAAACCUCUUUAUUGAAGGAUAUCGUAAGUUAUAUAAUAAUUGCCAUUGUUAUAAAUAUUGUUAAUUAAUUGUCAUACUCAUGGCAAAAAUAGUAUAUUUAUUAAAUAUUUAUUGAAGUGUUUAUGAGUUAAUCAUUUAAACAUAGAAUUGUUUAUUCAAUGUUCGAUAGACAACUAUUUAAUAAACAUUCAAAAAGUAGAGUCUCUAAACCGUAACAAUAUAUUAUAUUGUAUAUAAAUAUCCACCAGUACAUCUUGUUCGGCAGAUAUAUCUAUUUCUUCUGUUAACUAAUAACAUUACUCAAUAAUUUACUCCACUGCCUUCCACAAUCUUAAUUAAUUUCCCCAUUUCCCUCUCAACAAAUCCAAUAAUGAUAAGUCGAUAAAUCCAACGCGUAAAAUCGUAUUGAAUGUUUCUUACGAUUUUAUAAUUGUUGUCUGAGGAUUCUUUUUUCCCCUCACUUUUUCCUCCUUUAAACCCGUCACAGUGGGCUCCAACGUAUGUAGCAAUAAAAGGAAAAAAAAUGAGAAAAAAUAUAUAUUCAUAAACGUACUGGUGGAGUAUGUACAAGAAAGAGAGGGAGAGAUAGAAGUAUUAAAAAAAGAACGGAGAUAUUUGUCUGCAAACUGCCACGUUAGUUGGCAGUUUGAUAUUAGCAAUUGGAAAUUUUUGAAUUGGGCUGCAGUAAUUGCGCCCACCCUUUUCGCUAUCAAACUCUCGCGUCAGGAAACUCAACAAGGAGACAUCCGCUCGGCCUCCUGUUGAAUUUCGUUAAACAAAAUUUUAUCGAAACGUUUGGUGAGUACGCCAAUCGCCUAGUCGACAAAUUGCUCGAAAAGGAUGGGGAAGACAUAAACAUCACUACAUUUGUUAACAACUCAAUAUAGUGAGAGGUACGUGAUGAACGCAAAAAUGAAGAUAAUUAUGUCACGUAAUAAAAGUGUGAAACGUACUAUAUUAAUAGUACGUCGCGCCAUAGCGUUUGCUCGUAGAAUCAUCUAACACAAUAAUAUUUCAGAAACGAUUUUGGGCAUCCCGGCAAGCCAAACGUACGGAGAGGAUAAAUUUAGAAAGUGAAUUUUCUGUGAUAAUGUGUUUUUCUUUUAGAAAACUGCUCAGCAAAUACAAAGUUACAUGUAAUACAAAUGUUAGUUGUAAUUUUCUACUCAACAAUGUAAUUAUUAUAUAACGAGUUAUAUAACAGUACAUUGUUGAGUGGAAAAUUACAACCAACAUUUAUAUUACAUGUAACUUGGUGUUUACUGGGUAUUACUACAGUAAACACUUACUAACAAGUGUCUUAGAAACAGGAACCAGUUUAUGAUGAUGUAUAGAUUUGCGCGACCAUGGUUGUUAAUCAAUUAGAUUUACCGAUUGACAGCAGCUAACAAAUCAGAGAAACAACAUCAAAAUGAAUUAAUGGACUUUUGUUCUAAAAAAAAUGGAGGAAAUGCACGAAUCUUUACAAAAGAACGAUUUCUUCAAUGACUCAAGAAAAACAUCUUUACUUGAGUUCAUGAUCGAGUACAUGAUCAACGAGAACAAUCCGCAAAUAACUAAAAAACAAAUUAUUGAAGAAUGCCGUACUUUUAUGUUGGCCGGCCAGGAAUCAGUCGCCACGUCCACUGCAAUUACACUUUUUUAUUUGGCAAAGAAUCUAAAAUGGCAAAAAAAAAUGUAUUGAAGAAAUAAAUGACAUUUUUGGUGAGGAUAGAAGAUCACCACUUAAGGAAGAUCUCACCAAGAUGAAAAUCUUGGAAAUGUGCAUUAAAGAAUCUUUAAGAUUAUAUUCUACAGUACCUUUAUUUGCGAAGACACUCGGGAAGGAUAUAACAGUAGAAGAACGUGUAAUACCGGCCGAGUGCAAUGUAAUUAUAAUGCCACAUUGUACGCAUCGAUUACCUCAUCAUUUUUCUGAUCCUCACGAUAUCAAACCAGAGCGGUUUAGCCCUGAAAACUCCGAAACAAGGCAUCCAUUUGCCUACAUACCAUUCAGCGGUGGGCGUCGCAACUGUAUUGGGUCCAAUUUUGCCACACUCUAAAUGAAAUUGAUCAUCAGCGCUAUUCUAAGGAAGAAUCAAUUAGAACCGGUCCUCGGCGAGGAAAACUUUUUAGCUAAAUAUCGCAUAACGAUUAGAGCACAUGGCGGACUUUGGUUCAAAAUAAAAGCAAAUAAUAUAUACAAACCAAAGCAAUCCUACACAUCAGAGAGGGAGACUUUUGAUUUUUUUGGGUAUGGAGUAUCUCAUCAAAGCGUGGGGGGGGGGAGGAAGUGUAAUUAGUUUUAAACACAUCUUUGUGUUACACUGGGUGUCAGAUGAAGUUUUCCCAUGGUCUCGUGGAUUGAUAGAGCAAGUCAACUGAGCAAAAAAGUUCUUACUAUUUUUCAAUUCGCAAUAAUUACCGAGAUAAAAAUUACUGAAGUCUACAGGCGAACUUCAUCUGACACCUUGUAUAUACAAAAUAUCUUUGUUGUAUAUAUUCUUUUCUACAUUUAAUUUUUUUCAUAUAUUUUUUCUUUACAAAUAUAAAUCUUCUUUUUUUAUUUUUUUAUCUUAAUAUCACGCAAAAGCUAGCUCUUAUACUAUCUAAUCUUGUAUUAUAAUUUUGGAUAAGCAAAGCGGU